CCUCUCCGUCACUUCUCCAUGCCCUAACCAAAAUAUCAAAUUAAAACAUUACAUCCUUUACCUUUUCCCAACCUCGCAGUUGUCACAGUUCAGCCGCACGCCCAAGUCCCGACUAACCGCUUCACUCUAUCGGCCACCGGCGGUCUGUCGCCAAGAAAGGAAGCUACCGACGCCACAGCCAUCUGUCACUUGGUCAGGAUCCUACCGCUGGCGGCCACUCUGACCGUAAUUUUUAGAAAAUAAAUUCUGGGCUGCUCUCUUGUUCUUGUGUAGUUGCUGCAACUUGUAGCACAUAUGAGUAUAUCUAGACAGCGUACCCUUGGUGGCGGGGGUCAUCAUGUGUUGGAUUACUUGAAGCGCAUGCAGGCAGAAAAUCCUUCUUUCUUUUAUGCAGUCCAGGAUGACAAUGAUCUCUCGUGUGGUAAUAUAUUUUGGGCUGAUGCAACAUCUAGAACAAACUACUCUUAUUUUGGAGAUGCUGUUAUAUUUGACACGACCUACAAGACUAACCGAUAUAGGGUGCCAUUUGCCUCUUUCACUGGGUUGAACCACCAUGGACAACCUGUGUUAUUUGGUUGUGCAUUGAUUCUCAAUGAAUCUGAGUUAUCAUUUAUAUGGCUAUUCAGGACUUGGCUUCAUGCCAUGUCUGGCAGUCACCCUGUCUCCAUUACAACAGAUUUUGACCCUUCAAUACAUGUUUCUGUUGCCCAAGUUCUCCCUUCAACUCGCCACCGGUUUAGUAAAUGGAGCAUAUUUAGAGAAACCCGAGGCAAACUGGCUCAUUUAUAUCAAUCACAUCCUGCUUUUGAAACUGAAUUCAAGAAAUCCAUUCACGAGAGUGAGACUACUGAUGAGUUUGAAUCUUAUUGGCAUUCACUCUUGGAAAGAUUCUGUGUCAUGGAUAAUGAAUGGCUUCAGUCAAUGUACAAUGCACGACAACAUUGGGUUCCUGUCUACUUGCGGGAUAGUUUCUUUGGGGAGAUAUCUUCAAAUGAGGGAAAUGAAUCUUUGAAUUUUUUCUUUGAUGGAUAUGUGAAUUCCUCCACCACGCUACUGGGAUUGGUUAGACAAUACGAGAAAGCUGUAUCAAAUUGGCAUGAAAGAGAAUUAAAAGCAGAUUAUGAGACCACUAAUAGUAGUCCAGUUUUAAAAACACCAUCUCCUAUGGAAAAACAAGCUGCGAGUCUUUACACGAGAAAGAUAUUCAUGAAAUUCCAGGAAGAGUUAGUAGAGACUCUUGCAAAUCCUGCUACAAAAAUUGAUGAUUCAGGAACCAUCACUACAUAUAGAGUUGCCAAAUUUGGGGAAAACCAAAAAUCUCAUGUUGUGACUUUUAAUUCUCUCGAGACAAAAGCUAGUUGCAGUUGUCAGAUGUUUGAAUAUUCAGGAAUUAUUUGUAGGCAUAUAUUGACAGUCUUCAGAGCUAAAAAUGUUCUCACUCUUCCAUCACAGUAUUUGUUGAAACGCUGGACAAGAAAUGCUAAAACUGGUACAUUGUUAGAAGAACAUGCAUCUGAAUUGCCAAAUAGUUCUCACGAGUCUAUAACAGUUCGUUAUAACAAUUUGCGUCAAGAAGCAAUUAAAUAUGUGGAAGAAGGGGCAAAAUCAAUCCAAAUCUACCAGGUUUCCAUGAGAGCUUUGCAAGAAGCAGCUAGUAAGGUUUGUACUGUAAAAAAUCAGAUUACUGGAACAGCAGAGGGAACUAUAGUAACCAAUGGAAGCAGUGGGGGUUUGCUUGCAGCAGAUGAAGAUGCUCCAACCUAUCAGUCUAUGUGUGCAGAGAAGCUAAAGAAAAUCCAAGAGUUGACUGCUGAGUUAGAAGUUGCAAAUCAACGAUGCGAAGUGUAUAGAGCAAACUUGCUAGCUGUGCUAAAGGAUAUGGAAGAACAAAAGUUAAAGCUAUCAGUAAAGGUCCAAAAUGCAAGGCUUAGUUUGAAAGAAUGACUGCAGUGAUUGGAAAGGCUUUAAGGUAUAUGCUUAUGUAAUGAGGAUCUCAUGAAGACAUCUAGCAUCAUAGAAUAUUUGAAGAAGGAAGAACAAGAGAAGGAGACUACUCAAGAGAGAGAACAAGAGAUGGAGCUAAAAAUAAAUUUAUAAAAUUUGGAAUUAUUUUUAGAAAAUGUGAUGAAAAAUAUUUUAAUAGUUUCUAGAAGGUUGUAAGAUAUUCUAAUGAAGAAUGAAGUGAAAAUAUGCAUGAAGCUGCGUAGUCAUAGUCACUUCAUUAAUGAAGAAGUUGUGCAAGUUUAUGAAUUUAAUUACUUCAUUAGUGAUGAGGUGGUAACUACCUCUGGACAUCACCAUCAAAGAAUUUUGGCCUUGAAAGGAUUUUCUCAUAUACUACACACUUAAAAGGAGAAUUAGAGUUUUGUGAGAAUUUAGUCGUUAGCUUUAGGUUAUUAUCUUGAAGAGUAUAUUUGUGGAGAAUAAUCUUUGUAUUUAUUCUUGCCUCAACCGAGGUGAAAUGUUAUAACAUGAUUCCUUUUCUUGUUCA